AUGGACGUCUCAAGCAACCGCCUCUUCCGCUUCUCCAAGCCAGAAUGGCUCAACAACGCCGCUGUCCGUAACGCCGGCGUCUACACCUCCGGCGCACUGUUCGCCGCAGGCUUCUUCUUCCUCGUCGACGUCGCCGCUUUCUCGCACAGCCCCCGCAAUGGCUCAGACGUGCACAUCAAGUUCGUCGACUGGAUCCCCGGUAUCUGCUCCGCGCUGGGCAUGCUGGUGAUCAACUCGAUCGAGAAGUCGAGGCUGCAGGCCGAUAGCUUUAGCUACUCGGGGAGUGGAGUUGCGUGGAAGGCGCGCUUUGUCCUUUUCCUUGGCUUUGCGCUGUUGGCUGGCGGGCUUGCUGGGAGUGUGACUGUUAUGGUGCUCAAGUACCUCAUGAAGGAUUAUCCGAUUCAGACGCUUUACUUUGGCAUUGCGAAUGUGGUUGCGAAUGGUCUCGUUAUGAUGAGCUCGGUUGUCCUCUGGGUGUCGCAGAACAUCGAGGAUGACUAUACCUACAAUCUCGCGCUGUGA